AUGAACACCUCACCCACCACCACCACCUCCACCACCACCCCGAAACCGCCACAACUCGGCCUCCUCGAAGAAGACGACGAAUUCGAGGAUUUCCCUAUCGAAAACUGGACGGAAGCAGACGAAGACCAUGAGGACGCGACGCUGUGGGACGAUAACUGGGAUGAUGAUGAGGACGUGAACGAUGAUUUUACGAGGCAGUUGAGGGAGGAACUGCUGAAACCCAGCUCACAGCAACAACAACCGCAGGGUCAACCUGUCUCAUCGCAGUGA